CCAGGUUCCUGUGAAUCCCUGACGGCUCUAGCGGCUCUAAGGACUCUGCGGACCUUGCCUGUCAGGUCUCCACCGCUUAUCUGACUUCUAUCCGCGGGACCCGAACCUCAAGAGAUGGCUGCCCAGUGUGUCACGAAGGUGGAGCUGAAUGUUUCCUGUGACAAUCUUUUGGACAAAGAUGUAGGGUCAAAGUCAGACCCUUUGUGUGCAUUAUUUUUGAAUACGACUGGUCAGCAGUGGUAUGAGGUUGACCGCACAGAAAGGAUUAAGAACUGCUUGAGUCCCAAAUUUUCCAAGACAUUUAUUAUUGAUUACUACUUUGAAGUGGUUCAGAAAUUGAAAUUUGGGAUUUAUGAUAUUGACAACAAAACUAUUGAUCUGAGUGAUGAUGACUUCUUAGGAGAAUGUGAAUGUACCCUUGGACAAAUUGUUUCCAGUAAGAAGCUAACUCGACCAUUAAUGCUUAAAAAUGGCAAACCUGCUGGGAAAGGAAACAUUACGAUUUCAGCUGAAGAAAUAAAGGAUAACAGAGUGGUCUUGUUUGAAAUGGAAGCAAGAAAACUGGAUAAUAAGGAUCUGUUUGGAAAGUCAGAUCCAUACCUGGAAUUCCACAAGCAGACUUCUGAUGGAAACUGGCUAAUGGUUCAUCGAACAGAGGUUAUUAAAAACAACUUGAAUCCUAUUUGGAGGCCCUUUAAAAUCUCACUUAACUCCUUGUGCUAUGGAGAUAUGGACAAAACCAUAAAGGUAGAGUGUUAUGAUUAUGACAAUGAUGGGUCACAUGAUCUCAUUGGAACUUUUCAAACCACCAUGACCAAACUAAAAGAAGCCUCAAGAAGCUCACCUAUUGAAUUUGAAUGCAUAAAUGAAAAAAAGAGACAAAAGAAAAAAAGCUACAAGAAUUCAGGUGUUAUUAGUGUGAAACAGUGUGAGAUUACAGUGGAAUGCACAUUCCUUGACUAUGUCAUGGGAGGAUGUCAGCUGAAUUUCACUGUAGGAGUGGAUUUCACUGGCUCCAAUGGCGACCCAAGAUCUCCUGACUCACUUCAUUUCAUCAGCCCCAAUGGUGUUAAUGAGUAUUUGACUGCUAUCUGGUCUGUUGGCCAGGUCAUUCAAGAUUACGACUCUGAUAAGAUGUUUCCAGCUUUUGGUUUUGGAGCUCAGAUACCUCCUCAAUGGCAGGUUUCACAUGAAUUUCCAAUGAACUUUAAUCCAUCUAAUCCCUUCUGUAAUGGAAUACAAGGCAUUAUAGAAGCAUAUCGGGCUUGCCUGCCACAGAUAAAACUUUAUGGCCCAACUAACUUUUCUCCAAUCAUAAAUCAUGUGGCUAGGUUUGCUGCCGCAGCCACUCAACAACAGACAGCUUCCCAAUAUUUUGUGCUCUUAAUCAUUACUGAUGGUGUGAUCACAGACCUUGAUGAGACCAGACAAGCUAUAGUUAAUGCUGCCAAGCUGCCUAUGUCCAUUAUCAUUGUUGGAGUGGGAGGUGCUGACUUCAGUGCCAUGGAGUUUCUGGAUGGGGAUGGUGGAAGUCUCCGUUCCCCCUCAGGCGAGGUAGCCAUCAGAGAUAUUGUCCAGUUUGUGCCUUUCAGACAAUUCCAGAACUCUCCAAAAGAAGCACUUGCUCAGUGUGUCUUGGCAGAGAUUCCCCAGCAGGUGGUGGGCUACUUCAAUACAUACAAACUCCUUCCACCCAAGAACCCAGCUACAAAAUAAAGGAGCUGUGGCUGCCUCAAGCAGAGUUCUUCUGUGUUGUGUGGAGCAAUAGAUUCAUCUGUCAACCCAAUCCAUGAAUCUGUCAUUUAAAUGUACUUUUUAAUCCCCAGCAUAUAUGAUGUAAACCUGGUUCUCUAGGGUAUCUAUUUAAAGUAUUCUUUUUAUAUACUUUUUUAGAGGAGAGUGCUGAAUUAACCUUUGCCUAAACAAUUCAGUGAUAUUGAUGAUUUAUAUUAAUUGAAGUGAAGCUAUUUACCUUAAUAGCUAGUGUGAGAAAAGCCAGUUUUUUUAGUGGUUGCUUAUUUUCUUAUGAUGAAAUGGCUGUUUUUGAACAUUUAUCAAUAGAAAGAAUUUAAAAUUGUUGGAAUGAUAUAAUUUACAGGAUGCUUUACUUUGUUAUAGGCUCUGUUUUAUAAGCUGAUGCAUCUGUCUGGUUACAAGAGCUUCUUACUAAGUUCGAUGAUAUUUGUUCCUAUAACCAUAUUAAGUGCUUUCCAUGGGAUAAAACUAACCGGAAUUUUGCUGCAGUUUAGAUACUGCACUGUUUACAAAGUAGCAUGCAUUUGCCUAAUACUUCAGGAAAAGUACUGAAUUUCUUUCAGGAGGAAAUGAACAGACCCAAUUCUUAAAAUGUACAAUCAACGAGUAAAAGGAAUCAUAUGAGAACAAGCCAUUUUAUUUGCCUUUUAACCUUUUGUUUUUACUGUGGAAUACAAUAAACAUGGUUGAGUUCAAUCUUUUCAUUGACUAUAUGUGUCAUUCAGGAUUCUCUGCAUAGAUACAGGUUACCCUAGAAUCAACAUUAUCAGAUUAUUUUAAUUAGAGGUUGUUAAAAUGAUAUGUCUGCUCAGAAAACAAGGAGGACCAAAAUAUAGAAGGAGAAGCCAGAAUUCCAUUUCCUUCUAACUAAUGAAAUAGUUUACAUAUUUAAAAAAAAGACAGUUUUUAUACUUCCCUUGCCAAGAUUCCAUCCAUUGAUUUACAUAUUUGCAUUGAUUCAUUUAAAAAUUUUUCUCCUUUUCUUAGAAUAAUGUUUUUAGUCUGAUUUCUAAACUCAUGAUAUCUGUUAUUAAUCAAAAUUAUAUUUUUAUAAGCUAGUAUUUCCUAAGUCCAAAAUGUAAUAAGCAUAAAACUUGUAGUUUAAAGAAAAAUCCAGUUGCUAUAUUAGGAUAGAGUAAAUUUAGACAAGCAUUGAAUUCUGUCCCUCUCCCCCAGGUUUUACAUUUUAGAACAUAUUACUUAGCAAGCAUUACAUUUUCUGAAUACAUUCAAUAACAUGAGGAACUGUGUACCAAGUGCUGGGCACAAUCAACUUUAAUAAUUUAGCAUUAAAAAUUGCAUAGUUAUCACGUAUCGUUAAGUGGAUGCACAUGGUGUUUUGAUGACAUGAGAAGUUUUGCCAUAGCCCACGUCUCUUGUGCUCUGGAAUGUCUGCAGAAAGUAAGCACUGGGUUUUGGCUUCUCAGAAACAGUUCAUUGCGAAGGUCUUGUUGAGAGGGAGGCUGCUUGCUUUUGUGGUUGUCUAGGUAGACAGGUAAACAGUCAGUCAUACCUUUCCACUGAGCUUGCUUGUCUCUGGACAUAUGCUGUUAACCCCAAACUACCUACUAAUCCGUUAGGUUCCUGAGCAAUCCACAAUGCUCAUUAGUCAAUCAGUCAUUUUUGACACAGAGCAUUCUUUAAUCGCUUGGAGACUUCGCUGUCUCCUCUGUCCUAAUUUCAGUUUCCCCUCAUGUACUUGAAACAGUAUGUAUGUGUUGCCAUGGUUUUCAGAAUUUUCUUCCUUAAAUGUGCCACAUAUUUAAGAGAAUGAUUUGCACCUAUUCUCAUUGUGUAGUCAGAUGGGUUGAGUGGCGGUUUUCUGCUUGAAGCGGGGGCAGGUCCGGAGCCCCACAUGCUGGCCUCCUCCCUGCUCCUUGCAGAGGGUCGCCAUCUCCAGCACCUGAGUCACCUGCAAGGGACAUGGGAAAAGCCCCGAUCCUGAGCACUCCUUGUUCUUUCUCCUUGGCCAAGUAUGAGUAUUUCUGUCUUCACUGCUGAGUUGAUUGUCCUUCAUGAUAAUAUAAACAGUUUUUUUUUUUUUACCAGAAUUGUUCUCUUCGCAACAUUGUUUUUAUUUUUCAUUCUUGGAUAGUUUCAUAUGCUAUUAUUCAUAAGAAUUAUGAUUCUACUAUGUCAGGAUAAUUGGUACCGUACUUCAGUUUUGAAUAAAAGAUUUAUAAUUUUUCUUGUACCAUUUUAUAAUGUUCUUAGAGUUUUGAUACUUCACCUCACUACAUGCUGAUAUAAUGUUUUAUAUGAAUUUUGAUCUCCAUUGUACAAGUGCCAUUGGUCUUAAAAUGGUCUAAAAAAGAAAGAACCCAAUUGACUUUCACAUUAUAUAAUCACAUAAAUAUUGGAGUGACAGUGCUCUGGGUAGAAACAUUUUCACAUGUCCUUGUCCUGGAAAAAUGCUGUUACAGCUAGCAUGGUCACAUCACUAUGGUUAAAACUGAAAUUUUGAGAUCAUAAAAUUUUUAAGUCAGAUCAGGGAUUUGUAAUUGUUCACUUUGGUGCCUUAGGCAGCCUUUCCAGAGAAAAUUUGAGGCCUCAUGCUAUUUAUGCUAUAUUUUGGCAUAAUUUGCCUUUUUCAUUAUGUAAAUUUUAUGAAAAGCCAACUUCAACAAAAUCUCUCCUCGUCUUUUUGUGUGUGAGGGUCAAAACAUAGAAAUGACACGAAAGUUAAAUCAGUUUGGUUAAGAUUAUAAGAGACUCUUGUACUUUUGUGGAUGUCAUACUUGAUAAUAAAUGUAUAUGUUACUAAUCUGUAAAUCGAUAUUAAAUAUCUUCCAUUUGAAUUCCCUUCGGAUAAAAUUUUUUUUCAUGCAAUACAGUAGUGCCUUGUUUUCAUUCUUUCUCUAAAUGUUAAU